GUUCGACCCCGCGCUUCUCCCUCGUCGCCUUUCUAGGGUUAAGAGUUUUGUUCCCUUCUCCGAACCCCGCCCAUGGCUCCCGCGCGAUCGCAAGCUCCUCCUCCUGCUCCUCCUCGAACCCUAAACGUUCAGAGGUUCGCCGAGUCCCGCGCCGCCGAGCUCGAAUCCCUCCAAGCCGUCGUCUCCGGCCGCCUCGGCGGCGACUUCCGGAUCCGCCGCGGCAAGCGGCGGCGCACCACCGGGCACCGCUGCGCCAAGCGGCGGAGGGGCGGCGGCGGCGACGGGGAUGCGUCGGGCGCGGAGGAAGGUCGGGGGAAGGAGAAGAAGGUGUCGAGGAGGGUCAGGAGGAGAAGGGAGCUUUGUAGCAACCCGCCGUUAGGGUUUACGACGUCGGGGGACGGGACGAAGAGGCUGAGGACGCACCUUUGGCACGCGAAGCGGUUCGCCAUGGUGAAGAGGUGGGGGUUUUACCUCCCUCUUGGGCUUCAGGGAAGAGGAAGAGGUUCAAGGGCUGUUCUGAAGUGGUUAAAAAAUAGUGCGCUUGUACAUGAUGCUAGCUACUGUCUUCCUAUCCAACUAGAGGGUCCAGAGGAUUCUAUACAAGCCAUUCUGAGAAUGGUAAUAAUUCCUGCACCUUCAGAACCUUUGCAGGUCUCGGAAAACCCCCAGCAUUGUGUGUUUCAAGGUGUUUGCUAUGAAAAUGCAAUGCUUUAUGAUGUUAGACCUCCUCAUUCUCAAUUGGUUGCCCCGGUGAUGUACAUGUGGCAGCCAUAUUUCAGCAACAAUAAGAAUUAUGCCACUGAACAACAUGACACAUCCAAUAUUUGUAGUAGUUCUGGGGAAAGUGAACGUAGGACUUUGACGCGUAAAUUGUGGAUAUGGAUCCAUGCAGCUGCUUUUGAAGAAGGAAUUGAUGCGCUAAGAUUUGCAUGUCAGAGGCAGGUGCAUGAGUGUGGUGUCUCUGUUAGUUGUUUAUCACUUGAGGGACAAUUGGGGAAAUUGGAAGUUAUGGGGUCCAGGGCAAUAGAACUUCUUCAGAAAAUAUUACGCCCUACGUCAAAGUAUAGUGCAGCUCAUGAAAAUUCAACAUUGGAAGAUCCUGUUUUGACUGCUUGUACCAGCUCUCGGCAUCACAAAGAUUUUGUGCUUGAUAAAAUGAAGCAACUUCAGUCCCAUGCAAUUCGACCCCUCUUAGUUCAUGAUCCAAGGGAAGUUCCAUGUCAGGAAACUGAUGCUGCUGCUUUGGAUAAUUUGCAGGAAGAUAUCAAUCUAAAUUCAAAUGGCUUAGCCACUGAAUGUUCUCUCAAGAACGAAGAUAUUUUAUCUGACGGGUCAACUCCUAGAAGCCAUGAAAAUUAUCUUCUUGACCUUAAAAAUGUGUGGGAUUCUAUUUCUAACACGAAUCCUCCGGUUCCAGAAAAGACUCUUUGCGAGGAGAAGCACCAAAGGCGUUUAAAACAUUUCUACCUUGAUUCCACUGAACAUGAAACUGUAGCUACUGAAGGAAAUGAUAGUUUUAGCCGAGCUUGCCCCAUUCUGCUUUUAAAACAAGCUGAACAUGGAAGUCCGUGUAUGGGGUGGUCCGUGAUUCUACCUUUGAGUUGGGUGAAAACUUUUUGGUUUUCUCUUGUCUCGCAUGGGGCUCAUGCAAUAGGCUUAAGAGAGAGGCGAUGGAUUGCAUGUAACAAUGUGUUACCAUCUUUCCCAUACGACUUUCCUGAUUGCAAAGCUUAUUUAUCAUUUAUGACCGAUGAAGCAGCUGCAUUGGAUCAAGCGGCUGAGCUGCGUCCUCCUGCAGUGAGACCUUUAAAAGUUCCUAUUCCUCCUCCAUGGGAUGUUCUCGCAGCUGUCGCCAAUAAAGGGUCCACCAUAUUGAAGGGUUUUGAGCUAGAUGAGAAAGAAUUCAGUGGAUCAACUAAUGAGAAUUCUCUUAUAAAUUCAUCGACAAAGGAUGGUCCAUCUUUCCCACUAUUUAUACCACGGACAGCUGAAAAUUUGUUACAGUAUUCAGAAAGUAUCAACGGCAAAAAUCAGGUUUCUUCUCACAAAGAGCCGUGUCUUGUCAGAGUUCUACUUCGUGCUUAUAGAGAAGGCGUCUUUGAAGAGGGGGCAAUCAUUUGUGCUCCAGUUCCAGCGGACCUUUCAAGAUGGAAAACCAGAUCGGAAGAAAAGGGGAACGAGGCCGAAGAACUGUGGCAACUUCAACUCCCGCAGUCGUAUGUCGGAUCGUUCUUCACUCAGCUCGAGUCUGGGAACUGGGAGCUGCAGUUGCCCAAAGAUCAUCUCGCCCAGGAGGCGUUUAGAUGGCCCAUAGGGUUUGUUACAACCGGCUUUGUUUAUGGAAGCAGUAACAAGAGAGCGGCGGUAGCUUUCUGCAAUGCAAAUCUUCUGGCCAUCCUGAGAAAACAACAAUGGAUCGAGGCGCAAUCGAGGAGGCCGGAGAUCUUUGUCCUAGUUCGGAAUAUGAGAUCGACUUCGUACCGCCGCGCUCUAGCGACAGUUGUUUUGGAACAACAGAAGGAUGAUCUAGAGUUCUUGUAGCCAUUUAUGCAGUUUUUUAAGUUGUUUAUCUAUGUUUUAUUACCAUCCUUCUUUUUGUUGUAUCAUAUGGACUUCUAUUUUUUUUCUUUUUUUUUUUUCCCUGAACUGUGGACAAUUUGGGACCAUUUUGAAUCUAUACCUGACCUUUAAAAAUUUUGAUUUUGCCGUCC